GUGCUGGUGCCGGGGGCUCCAAGGGUGAGGAGCUCAAGAGGAAGAACUCUGGGAAGGGCGUCGCUCCCCCGGAGAACAAGAAGCAGAAAAAGGGGGCCUCCGGGAGGAAGGAUGCGCCCAUAGUAGUCGAGGAGCAGCCUUCCUCGAAUCCUCCUGCGGCCACCCCUCCUCGAUCUCCUCCAUCCCCCAUAGACGAGGGAAUCCGCCCGGCGGAGAUCAUCCAGUUCCCUGUCAAGUCGGGGACCUCAGUUAUGCAUGGCACCCUCCAUCCUGUCGGCUUCAUGAGGGGGGUCAUGGCGCCGAAGGAUAGGUCAGUGCUGGCCCGCCUCGGGGACGACAUCCUCGAUUACAAAGUCGCGAGCUACAGCACUAUGGCUGCCUUGGCUGCUUCCGAGCAGGCCCGAAGGGUUGAACAGCUGAGGAUCGCCAAAUGCCAGGCGGACGAGGCCCUGAAGAAGGCUGAUGAGGAGAAGGUCACCCUUAGGCAGAGGGUUGCUGACGUGGAGGCUAGCCUUCGGCUGGAGAAGGAGGCCAUGGAGCAGAGGCUAAAAGAUGCCGAGGCUAAAGGGAAGGCUGCCGCUGAAGAAGCCGCCGCUGUUGCUGCCAAGGCUGCUGCCGAGGCCGCCGAGAUAGAAAAGGCCGAGGCGGUGGCCGAUGCUGGGAAGAAGGCAAUCGAAUCUUUCCUUGCCGAGGGCUGG